UUUGUUGAUUAUUUAAGAAUUCAUGUGCUAAAUUGUUGUAGUGCAAAUAUGGCCGAUAAAAGCGCAAACACACAAGACCCAGCAAACAAACCUGGCGACGGCAUACGUUCCAUUCGCAGCACAGGAGUUUUUAGACUGAUUAACUUUGAGCUUUAUACAAAACCGAAUAAAGUCAUUAUGGGCCUGGGGCUGACAGCAAUAGCAGGCGUUUUUGGUUAUAUAGCUUAUAUGCGCCACAAGUACGAGAAGCUUGGCUAUUAUGUGGCCGUUAAGGACGAUGGCAAAUACGAGUUUACCAAAAAGAAAUCCAAUUGGGAAACAUAGGAGCGUAUUGCUGGGCAUGUUGGAACCGACUGUUGGUGCGCGUGGGUGUUAGUUUGUUCUCUUACAUAAAUUCUUUGUUAUUUAGUUGCACAAA